AUGGGCACGAUCCACGUGCUGCGCCGCCUCCUCCCGCACUCGUCGCAUUCGAUGGAGAGCGCACCGUUGCUCUCGACGCUCGCGACACACGUAACGUCGUACGCGCACGCCCCGGUGUUUCAGCUGUUUCUGUACCUGCUCGCGCACCUUCCGAGCGCGCUGCCGCUAAGUGGCGCGCUGCUGAGCCCGUUUGACGCCCUCGCACGGCACCGCACGCCGGAGGUGCGCGCGUUUGCGUUGCGCUGCCUCGUCGCGUUCGAAGCGCCGACGCUCCUCGAUGUUGGCCUCGCGAGCCUCUUUGACCCGGCAGCGAUCGUGUCGACGCCGGCGCUGGCGCUUGUGGGCCAUGCGGUGCUGCUGCCGCGGCCCGCAUACGUCGUGCCUCGCCUGUACCGCGCCCCGACGAUUACGGCGGCGUGCACGGUGACGAGCUUUGCGUCGCUCCUCGCCCUCCUUGAGACGUCCGAGGAAACUUUGUUGGCCACACCGCUGCUGGAAGUUCGCGACCAGCUCUGGGCCGCGGCGACGUGGUGCGUCGAGGCGCGGCUGCGCACGCACUACGGCAACGCCGGCCAGACCUUUGCCGCCUUGGAGCGGCUUCUCGUCCAACGCAGUGGCGUCGCCGGUCGUCUCUUGGUCGAGUUUGUGCAUGCGCUCGAGCUCGCGAUUCUGCACGCGUGCCAUCCCCGCCGCCAUAUCCUCAUGGAUGCAAAGGCGCACGCGUUCUACGCGACCAACCGUAAGGUGUGCGAAGACUGGCUGCUCCGGAUCCGGCCGGCCCUCGUCCGCCUCUGUGACGCGACCGGCGCGACGUCGCUCAUGGCCUACCACGCGCUCUCGUUGGUGCGCAAACCGUCGGCCGCCGCGCUCUUCUCGGCCGCGACGGCGCUCUGUGACGUCCUCGACGUUCCGUCCUUGGUCGGGUUUGGCGCCUACGCGACGGCGCACACGCUGCACGUGCCCUGGCUGCAUGCGAUCGUCCAAGAAGCCCAGCUGCUGUACGAAGCCGCGGCGGCGAGCUACGAGCACUUGUUGGCGCCGCUUUUCGCGCUCUCGGAGCGCCAUGCCUCGGGGAUGCACCUCGCGUUCGAGUCCGAGGCGGUCAAGCAAGCAACGCUCCGAUCGCUGCACACGACGCUCGCCGAGGCAGGCCUGGAGCACGUGUCGCUGGCGUCGCUGCUCGUGCGCUGGGCCAAGUGCUACGCCAACGUCCACGCGUGGCCAUCGGUGAGUGCGCUCAUGGGCAAAGCGCUGGACUUGGCGAUGUUUCUCGGCCAUCUCCAAGGCUGCACGGAGGAUACGCUGCGUGUUGCGACCGACAUGACGUCGCUGGCCGCGUCGUGGGACUUGGAACACGCGCUCGUCCGCACCAAGACGAACCCGAGUCUCCGCUUCAGCAGCCUCCCGACGACACUGCCACCGUUGCAGGAGUGGACCGUCUUGAGUGUCGUCGACGAUGCGCUCGCUCGAGUGUCGCUGGCGCCGUCCUUGGCCGACGUGUGUCUCGACGGCCACGCAGCGCGUCUCGCACGACAACUCAAGCUCUUUACGUUGGAUGAACACGCGGUCGCGUCCGUCAAAGGGGCGCACGUGAGCCAGCGCCUCGAAGCGACACUGGUCCACGUCAAGUGCCUCGAGAUGCUGCGGCGGCCGGCCGACGCAGUCCCGCGUCUCGGCGCGUACGAGCGCGAUGCAAGUGUGUACCUUCCGUUGCUGGACGUCUCGCGCUACUUGGGCCUCGACCAAUGCGACGUGCAGCUCCAGAUGGUGCGGCUGGCGCGCAAGCAAGGCAAUAUCGGACUGGCGGCGUCGCUUCUGGCGCAGCUCGCCGACGUGCCGGCAAAGGCAGCCGUCGUGCAGUACGAGCGCGCGUGCCUCGACUUUGCGUGCGGUGCGCCGGCCAACGCGGUGCGCCGGCUCUUCCCGGUCACGCCAGACGCCCAUGAGGUGCACGUCAAGGCGCACCGGAAGAUCGCGUCCUGGCUCCAAGACAAAGACGCGUGGCGUGGGGAGGACGAGGCCAUGCGCGCUGCCGUGGUCGGCGGCGACGCCACGGCCCAGAUCGAAGCGAGCUUGGCGGCGGCGACACAAGUGGCGCCAACGUCGUACCAGAGCUGGCUCGCGUGGAGCGACUAUUGGUUUGCGGCGAGUACCACCGCCAGCAUGGCGCUCGCUUCGGACGACGCCAUGGCGCUGGAGACGCUCUUGGCCGAUGCGGCGCUCGUCCCGCAUGCACACGCGUUGCGCGCCAGCCUCAUGCACAUGACCCAAGACGACGACGACGAUCGCAUUUCGUUUGCCACGUGCUGCGAGUCCCUGCCCGACUCGGCGGCACUCAACCAGCUGCACGCGCUGUACCAGCGCGUGCGGGCGCGGGCGCUCACGUCGCACAAGGCGGCGAUCCACGGGUACUUUACAUAUCUCCACACGGCGUCGCCGGCGUCGAUCCAGUCGCACGGGCUCAUUGUCACGCUGCGGCUGCUCGUGUUUCUCGUGCGCUGGGGCCACGAACCUUCGUUGCAAGCGGCGCUGGACGACGGCGUUGAGUCGUCGCCCAUCACUCCAUGGGAGCGCAUCGUGCCGCAGCUGCUCUCGCGGCUCAAGCACCCGAAUGCAACCGUUGUGGCGCGGCUCACGUGCAUUCUCCGUCGGCUCGCGUCGCAGCGUCCGCAGCUCAUGGUCUACCCCGCGGUCGUCGAGUCGGUCGAGAGCACGUCGCUGCUGGAUGCGGAUCUCGUCGCAGGUGUCACCGAAGUCGUCAAGGAGCUCCGCCGCGUCGCCUUGCUCUAUGAAGACGCAUGGGUGAGCCUCUUGACCAAACUGACGACGGACGACAAGCAGCGCCUCGGGCAGCAAACGUACGUCGCGAUCCUCAAGCCCGUGCUCUCGGCCCUCGAGUCGCUGAGCGCCGAGACGUGGCAGCGCCCGCCGACGACGCCGCACGAGCGAUGGUUUGUGCUGCACUUUGGCCCGGCGUUCGAGGCGGCACUCGAACGGCUCCGCGCCUCGUGCGACGCUUCUGGAGACGCGCUCCUGCCGCGUGCGUGGGCGCCCUUCCACGACCUUCUCAAGCGUCUCCAGCCGCAUCAACGCCGCCUCUCGCUGCCGUUGGCCGAGAUUUCGCCGCGACUCGCGAGCCUCCGAGCCGGUGUGCCCAUGCCAGGAACUGCGAAUGCUCUGGUGGACAUUGCACGCAUCGACCCGACGGCGCAUGUGCUGGCGACCAAGACGCGGCCCAAGACACUCGUGCUGCAUGGCACGGACGGCGCGUCGUACCAGUAUCUGCUCAAGUCGCGCGAGGAUCUGCAUUUGGACGAGCGCAUCAUGCAGCUCCUUGCGACGAUCAAUUCGAGCUUGAGCGCCGACAAGGACGCGCGGUCGAUGGACCUCGGCGCGCGCCACUACAGCGUCGUUCCGCUUGCCAACGACGCCGGCUUGAUCCAGAUGGUGCCCAACGUCACGCCGCUCUUCCAGCUGCACACGCCCCCGUCGUCAUCAGCAUCAUCCGCAGCAGCCGCAUCGUCGUCGUCGUCGCCCACUGCACCGUUUUACGCAGCGUUGAAAGCCCUCGGCGUCAAAGAUGCGAGUCCCAGUGGCCGGCCAACGUGGUCCCACGCCGUGCUGCAGCAGGCGUACGAGGCCUUGGUCCAUGAAACGAAGCGCCGGCCAAACGCGCUGCGGCAAGAGAUGCUCGCGACCUCUUCGUCCAUCGACGAGUUUCAGCGCAAGUCGACGCGCUUUGCGCGGUCGGUUGCCGUCAUGUCGGUGAUUGGGUAUCUCAUUGGGCUCGGCGACCGCCACUUGGACAACAUUUUGCUCUGCAACGCGACCGGAGACGUCGUGCACAUCGACUACAACGUCUGUUUUGAGAAGGGCCGGAAGCUCAAGGUCCCCGAAGUCGUGCCCUUCCGCCUCACGACGAUGCUCCUCGGUGCCCUCGGUGCCACGGGCAUUGAAGGCACGUUCCGCAUCGCCAUGGAGCGCACCUUGUCGGUGGCACGCGACGACUCUGCGACCAAGGAGUCGAUCUUGACGCUCCUCGAAGCGUUUGUUUACGACCCGCUUCUCGACUGGAAGGACGGGCCGGCGAAACUCUGGCGCAUGGAGAUGAACGUGCAGCUGUCGCUCUUCGCGUCGCGAGCCCACGAGCGCGGCGCUGAGACGAGCGCGGUCUGGGAGCAAAUCCAACGGGCGUGGACAGCGCCGACGUUCACGCGGCUCCUAUCGCUCGCGCGUCCGCUUGUGGCAUUGGCCGACAAGGUCGCGUCGCUCGCGCGCGAAGUGGCCGAGACGACGGCGCAGCUCGCGACUGCCGACGCGGAAAUGGACGCGCUGCAGGACACGCUCGCCGCGACGACCCUCGACGACGACGACGACGAGGACAAGACGCGCGCCUUUGCACGCGCGACGGAGCGUCUGGAGGCGUUCAUGGGCCGCUGCUCGGACGAAAUCGAGCAGCACGACGCUGGCGUUUCGCUGCCGCCGCGAACGCUUCAGUACGGUACGCUCGACGGUCUCCCGACGCUCGCGAGUGUGUGCAAGGCGCCGCGGCUGCAGACAACCGUGUCGGCGGUCGACAGCGCGGCCAUCGCGCUGAACGAGCAGCUUGGCGCACUAGCACCGAGGCUGCAGCAUGCGCUGAGCUGGAUGGAGAGCGUGCGGCACACGGUGUGCAGCUCGCAUCGCGGCCCGACGAUCAUGGACGAGUGGCGCGCGUACAGCUUGGAUCUCAUCUCGCACGCGCGCAAGGACGACCCGCUCAAGCACCUCGCACUGCAGAAGGCCAGGUCGCUGCCGUCGCUACUGGACGACAUGGCGCUGGCGCAGCCGCUGCAGUACUUGUUCCGUCUCCCGGCCUACUUGAUGCAUCGACGACUGCGCGACGUGCUUUUGCCGCUGUACAACCCGCUCCACCCGCUCCGGCGCUCGUCGUCCGAGUCGGUCCACUGCGCGCCUCUGCGUGCCGAGCUCGACCGGCUGCACGCGGAACUGGCGACCGUGCCCCGGGCCGAGUGGUCGGCAUGGCUCGACGCCUUGGGCUGGGAACCGAACAGUCUGGACGAUGGCGACUUCUGGCACGCGCCGCUCCAUCGCUUCUAUGGAUGCGCCCUCUCGGUGUGGCGGCUCCCGGGCAUGCAUCAGCUGCGCGCGCUGUGCUGUCAACUCGCGACGCUCGAGACGACGUGGUCCGACCCGUCGGCGGCCUACGCCAUCGAGCACAAGUGGGUGACGUGUCUUCUCACGAUGAGUCGCCUCGUGUGUGCCAACGCGCAUGAAGACGCGCUGCAGUCGGUCCUCGACACAGCCGCGGCGUCUGUCUUGGACCUGGCGUACGCUGCGCUGCAGUCGGUCCUUGAAGGCACGAUCCGACACGAGUGGAAGCUCCGCGCGACGGGGCUGGAUCGCGCGUGGGUCACGGCCCUUGUGUCGCCGAUGGUGCAAGGUCCGUUGACGGUCGACGCACUCUUGGACGCGGUCGAGCUGCGCCCGAUGCUCGACAUCCUCCAAGACCGCUGGCACUAUCUCUGGGACCGCGAAGUGGCCGCGUACCGCACUGCGUUGGUCAUGCACACGCGCCAGCUCGAGGCGCAUCAUGCGACGCUGUGCACGUGGGUCCAGCAAGACACGGAGCCAUCGCGCGCGUCCGUUCUGCACACGCUGAGCGAGACGGAGGCGAUGGUGCACGAGCUCCUCUUGCGGCGCGACGCGCUCGAGGAUGCGCUCAUCGACGCGCAGCCGCUCUUGGACGCAGCGGUAAGCCGCCGUCCGCAUCUGAAAACACCCCUCGAGUCGACGCGCAAAGAGCUGCGAUCCCUCAUGGCGCAGGCCGAUGGCAUUGAGCUCACAAUCGAGUGGGUCAAGUACUUGGACAGCGCGUUUCGCGACAGCCACAGCGAUCGGGUGCGUGAGCUCGACGAAGAAGGCCUCGCCGUCAUCACCGAGUACAUGACGCUGGAGGCGGCGACAGCAGCCCACCGCGCGGCGGUCCGCAACCGAAAGAAACGCGCCGCAGCGCUCGAGCGCGAGCGCAAGGCCGCGUACGAUCGCUUGCACUGUCUCCACGCGGCCCACGCCAACGCCCGCGCCGAGAUGGACAAGGUCUUGCACCGAACGUUGCCGUCGUUGGCGCCGCUGCUCGAGCAGCUCCAGCAGUCGUGGCUGCCCGAGGCGUUCGGCGCGCUCUCGACCAACCCAAGCCAUGUGCUCUGGGAAAACGAGCGGCUCGUGCGGCUUUUGAGCAAGAGCCUCAAGCACGGCGUGCUCCCGGACCUGCAGGCCAAGCUCAAGGCAUUGGAAAGCGUAAGUCGCCGCCUGCAUGGCAUCGUGUCGGCCCUCGAAGCGCCGGCGAGAGCACUCCAGUCGCUCUCUCUGGACGCGGCCUUUGGCCGGAAGAAGACGCUGGCCAACAUUGUGAGCGGCGGCGCGGCGGUCGAGCCGUCGAUCGAUGCACGGACGCAGCUCGUGACGGCGCUGCGUCAUGUCGUGCACGCGUCGACGCAGGAGGACACGGCGGCGACCGUCGUCCUGCUCACCAACAGCGCCAUGGGCGGCUUCUUUGACAUUGCCCACCACGCGCUCGACCUCUCGAAACAAGACGAACACGAGUGGUCCGACGACGACGACGACGACGAUAGAUCGGACGACGGCGACAACGAAGACAACGACGACGACGACGACGACGACAACGACGCGAGCAACGACGUCGGCCGCGUCGAAGAGCGCAAUCGGUACGGGCUGCAGGUCCUCCAGCGCGUUACGGAGAAGCUCGAUGGCUACACGACGCCGAACGCACCGCCGCUGUCGUGCCCUGCGCACGUCGAGUGGCUCCUCCAGCAAGCCACGAGCGUCGACAACCUCUGCGUCAUGUACGAAGGCUGGACACCAUGGAUCUAA